AAGCAGAACUGAAAGCAGAUGAUGGUAGGGGAAGCGAACGGGCCACGCUUAGUCAGAGGACAGGGGGAUCGUGUGAGCUCGCACGCACGCUGCGAAAUCCGUACGUGUUUGUACAACCGGGGGGGCACCUUACCCCUCUUCCGUCGUGCGAGGCAGUGCAAGCCCCCUCUGGGGUUGCACGAGGCUUUGCCUCCUUUCCGUAGCCAUGCAGAGGCGGGGCAAACCUGGGCACCGUUGCACGGGGGUGGGUGUGCAACGCUUUCAGUGUUUGCCCUGGGGCUUUGCACACCUGUUGCUGCAAACUACCCUGCAGCGGUGCCGGGAGGGCAGGGAGGGAUGGGGUCCCGCCCCCCACGGCUCCCCGGGGAUGCAGGGAGCUCACCAGCAGGGGGCGCCCCUUGUGUCUCCGCAGGAGGACGAAGUCCCGCCCCAAGCCGGGCCGGGGAUAACCUCGACCCUGGUGCUGUCGGUCUUCACAGCUGUGCUGGGGUCCCUGCAGUGCGGGUACAACAUCGGUGUGAUCAAUGCCCCCCAAAAGAUCAUCGAGCAGAACUAUAACGCCACCUGGCUGGCGCGGCACAACGCAUCCAUCGACCUCGCCACGCUCACCACCCUCUGGUCCCUGUCGGUCGCCAUCUUCUCCAUCGGGGGCAUGAUCUCCUCCUUCCUGGUGGGGGUCGUCUCCGAGUGGCUGGGCAGGAAGCGGGCCAUGAUUAUCAAUAACGCCCUGGCCUUCCUGGGCGGGGCCCUCAUGGGGCUGGCCAAGCUGGGCUGCUCCUACGAGAUGAUGAUCCUCGGCCGGUUCCUGAUUGGUGCCUACUCAGGGCUGGUUUCUGGCUUGGUCCCCAUGUACGUGGGUGAAAUUUCCCCCACCCACCUGCGGGGGGCGCUGGGGACCCUGCACCAACUGGCCCUAGUCAUCGGGAUCCUCAUUGCCCAGGUGUUCGGGCUGGACUCCCUCCUCGGCACCCCCGAGCUCUGGCCCCUGCUCCUGGGUCUGACCGUGGCCCCCUCGGCCCUACAGCUGGUCAUGUUCCCCUUCUGCCCCGAGAGCCCCCGGUACCUCUACAUCAUCCGCAACAAGGAGUCCAAGGCCAAAGAGAGUUUGAAGCGGCUGACGGGGUGCAGCGAUGUGAGCGAGGCCCUGACAGAGAUGAAGGAGGAGAAGCGGCGCAUGGACAUGGAGCGCAAGGUCUCCAUCACCCAGCUCUUCCGCUGCCGGAUCUAUCGCCAGCCGCUGCUCAUCGCUGUGGUGCUCCAGCUGUCCCAGCAGCUCUCCGGCAUCAAUGCGAUAUUCUAUUACUCCACCAGUAUCUUUGAGUCAGCCGGGCUGGAGCAGCCGGUGUUCGCCACGAUCGGCGCUGGGGCCAUCAACGCCGCCUUCACCAUUGUCUCGCUGUUCCUGGUGGAGCGGGCAGGCCGCCGGACACUGCACCUGGUGGGGCUGGGAGGCAUGAUGGUUUGUGCCGUGGUGAUGACGGUGGCGCUGGUGUAUCUGGAUCGGGUGCCGGCCAUGAGCUACAUCAGCAUGGUGGCCAUCUUCGGCUUCGUGGCUUUCUUCGAGAUCGGGCCAGGGCCCAUCCCGUGGUUCAUCGUGGCUGAGCUGUUCAGCCAGGGGCCCCGCCCGGCGGCCAUGGCGGUGGCCGGGAGCUGCAAUUGGACCUGCAACUUCAUCGUCGGCAUGGCCUUCCAGUCCAUGGCGGACGCCUGUGGGCCGUACGUCUUCCUCAUCUUCGCGGCCCUCCUCCUUGGUUUCUUCCUCUUCACCUACUUCAAAGUCCCUGAGACGCGGGGCCGGACCUUUGAUCAGAUUGCGGCCGCGUUCCGACGCACCGCGUCUCUGUUAGACCACGAAAUCAAACCCUCCACCGAGCUGGACUGUCUGGGGCCAGAGGACAACGUCUGACCUGGGGCGGGAGCGAUCGGCCAGAGAGAGAGACACACGAGGAAUGUAACCGUAACCCAGCACUUUAACGACACAGCGAGGUUUAGAGAUUUUUAGGUUAGUUGUUUUGUUUUUAGCUUUAUGGGUUUUAUUUUUAAGAUUAUAUAUAUAUAUAUAUAUAUAGAGAGAGAGAGAGUGUGUGAUUGUGUUGCGUGUGUGUGUGUGUGUGUGUGUCGGAGGCACGGAGAUAAAGAUGUGUUGGGAGCUGCGGAAGGAGCUCGGUUAAGUGACAAAGGAAGGGGAACCUGGAGGAGAACCCAGCUGAGCUGGGGGCACGCUCUUGGAAUCGGAGGCGGGGAAAAGACCUCCCCGAGACCAUAUCCAGCAGCUGGAACAGAUGUUCAGGCAUUCCCGAACAUAGGACACUAGUAGGCUCCAGAACUGUUGACUGAAUGGUUCUGCGUCGAUUCAGGGACAGGAGACUUUUCUAUCGCUGAGAAGGUAGAAGGAGAAUGCAAAACUCCGGUGGAGUUCUUUCGAUCCUACCGAACGGUCCCCCCGCCGUCAACGGAGUUGAGCCAAAGGGCCACAACGAGCAUGACCUCCUCACGUGCUCUAACACUGAGAGCUAGAAAGGUUGGAGCAAGAAGGCCAGGCGUCAUGGAUGCCGUCAAACGCCGUGACUCCGUCGCUGAAUGGCAAGGCUCCUACGGGCAGGAGCUGUGGCUCUUUGCCCUACACAUGGUCCCUGUAGUCCAGUGGCCCGUCUCCAAGAGUGGACAGCACUACAUCCCUUGGAGGAAACCUUUCAGCGAUACAGAGGAGUCACCUCUUAACUCCCCAUGGCUGGCGAUUGACUCCUACUGGCAAAUAUCAUGAGAACUUCCAUCCUUCUCCAUCCAAGCCCGCGGAGCGGGAUUUCCUGGAUGCUCUGACCUGGGACAUCCCUUCCCGUCCAUCUUCUGAGGUUUGUAGGAGAUCUGAGGGGACCUCACCACUCUUCCUGGAAAGCGAGCGUCAAGAGAAGACAGUCAACUCAUCUUUGGAGGAGAACUGGUUGCGAAGGGCUGACAAGGGAGGGGGGGAAGCUAUCGCCCAAGGUGGGGAAGCUUUUGAGAAAGGGUGCGUUGGGUUUUGUGAACUGCAGUCCGUACCAGUUGCAAGUCAACACAGAAUGUGGGACAUCCGCUCCACAGCUCAUGUCUAUAGGGACAAGGAAUGGCCCAAUUGGAUCAGACCCAUGGUCCACCUAGCCCGCGAUUGUGUUUUAACAGGAUGGUGUCCUCAGCCUUGCAUGCAGAGGACAAGAUGCUAGGAAGACUCUGUGCUCAGCAGUCCAGGACAAUUUGCUAGUUAAAGAUGGUGGGAUCGUUAGUUGGUUGGUUGAUUAUUUUUAAGAAGGCCGUAAAUACAGAAGCAGCCAGAACAGGAUUGUUAAAAUUACUGCUCUCCAUUUUGUCUGCUAGCUGACUGAUGGAAGUCUGAAGAAAGCCAGUUGAGUUGGCCUACAAAGACCAACCUUGCUAAAAUGUUAGUGAUUAGACCCGGCACUCCAUCAUGCCACGUGUUUGGGGUGGGACAAAGGAAGAACCUGUUGAAACAGAUGACAGGCACAAGAGAUCAAUAGCUGUGCUUGAAGACAGUUUAUGGACGAACCCAGGAAGCUUCUGAACGGUUAGUAGGAUCUGAGGGAGUUAGUUUUGUAAUUAACGGAGGUGUUUGUCUUAAUGUCAGGGACAUAUGGAGAGGCAUUGGCACAUCGUGAUCUUUUGUAUUUCAGCGAGAAGAAUGUAAGUAAUUCUUUGUAUAUAAAGGACGGCAUCAAACAGG